GUGCGGCGGCCAUAUCACAAAUCACACUUCCGUUCUUCAAGGGUAUUUGAAAGCACCAGGAUAGACAACAUGUACCGGUUUGCCAAAACUGCCGUCAACAUCACCGGUCAGGCCGCAAGGCAGGUGAGGCACGGAUCCACCGCUCCACCGGACUUUCACGUCAAGUACGGCAACGGCGUGAUGGUCGGUGGAAUGGUCUUCUGCACGGCCGUGUGGGCAUACGUGCUGACUCAGACUGGCAUCACCUGGAAUUUGUCACCUGUUGGGAAGGUCAUGCCCAAACCAUGGAGAGAGCCCGAGGAGUGAAGAUCCGCCAUGACAGACCUGCGUCCCACCUUAUAAACCUUCUGGUUGUACAGAUGAAUAACAAUGAAUGCCUGUGUUUAUUCCAACAAGUUCCUUUGUCCAAAUAAAUUAAGAGUGAUUCUACUCAA